AUGGCGCAACCGAGUCGAGCUCGCGUCUAUGCCGAUUGCAAUACGCAUCGACCACGCGAAUACUACGACUACGAGCUGCAUGUUGUUGAAUGGGGUAAUCAAGAUGAUUAUCAAAUCGUUCGUAAGCUCGGUCGAGGUAAAUACAGUGAAGUAUUUGAAGGAAUCAAUAUCGUUAACAAUGAGAAAGUUGUUAUCAAAAUUCUCAAACCAGUAAAAAAGAAAAAGAUAAAACGUGAAAUAAAGAUUUUACAAAAUUUACGUGGCGGACCAAAUAUAAUCACAUUACUUGAUAUAGUUAAAGAUCCUGUUUCGAGAACGCCUGCUCUAAUCUUCGAAUAUGUGAAUAAUACUGAUUUCAAACAACUUUAUCCAACACUUUCCGAUUAUGACAUACGAUAUUAUAUGUACGAGUUACUUAAAGCACUCGAUUAUAGUCAUAGUAUGGGAAUAAUGCAUCGGGAUGUGAAGCCGCACAAUGUAAUGAUUGAUCAUGAGACUCGAAAGUUACGAUUAAUCGAUUGGGGUUUAGCGGAGUUUUACCAUCCAAAUCAAGAAUAUAAUGUCCGUGUCGCAUCGCGUUACUUCAAAGGACCUGAACUACUUGUUGACUAUCAAUAUUAUGAUUAUUCAUUGGAUAUGUGGAGUUUAGGUUGCAUGUUAGCCAGUAUGAUUUUCCGUAAGGAACCAUUCUUUCAUGGUCAUGAUAAUUAUGAUCAACUUGUACGUAUUGCUAAAGUACUUGGAACUGAUGAACUCUAUGAAUAUCUCGAAAAGUAUCAAAUCGAACUUGAUCCCCGUUUUAACGAAAUUCUCGGACGACAUUCACGGAAACGCUGGGAGCGAUUCAUUCAUUCCGAAAAUCAGCAUCUUGUUAGUCAAGAAGCUUUAGAUUUCUUAGAUAAACUCUUACGUUAUGAUCAUAACGAUCGUCUUACAGCGAAAGAAGCAAUGGAUCAUGCAUAUUUCUAUCCAAUCGUUCGUGAUCAAGGCCGAUCAGUAAACUCGAACCCACAAGUUCUCCUAUCAAACAAUGCUGGUGCCUCUGUAUCUUCGACUACGACUUCAUCGCCGCUUAAUGUGAACAGUAGCGCAUCGACGACGAAUCAGUAA